AGUUGCUCACCUCGAGAAGGGUCUUCAAAAAAAAAACAUUCAAAUAUCCAGAAGCCUCUUAAAAGGUUGAAAAUGCCACCUCCUAAUCAUUUGGGCCGAGUUAGUCAACUCUCAGCUUAUUUAACCAUUCAUUAUUCUUUACCAGCUAAAAUCAAAAACCGAAAUUUAUCCAGUGCACAAUCCAAAACGCUAAAAAUACCAAAAGAUAUUCUAACAACUAUAUAGUUUUACAACACUUUAGCUCUUAAUGCUUAUUUCCUUUCCCUCGAUUCCCUACCUUUAACUUAACUUCCAAGUUCCAAAAAAAAAACAAAAAACUAAUUUCCUUUUUUCUUUUAAAAAAAAAACCAAAAUUUCAUCUACAUAAACACACAACUCCCUCACAAACUACACACUCUUUUCUCACUUUCUAUCUCCCUCAUAUUAAACAUAACACGAAAACUCUCUAUAUAAAUUUCCCAAGUAAAGUUAAAAAUGCACACAAAUGGAGAAGCCAAACAAGAGGAAAACCUCUUAAAAAAGAAAGGGCAAAAAUGGGUUAAUUCCCUUGAAAUUGGGUUAAGACUAUCAGCAUUUGUAACUUCCAUUUCUGCUACUUGUAUUGCAUUUACUUCCAACCAAUCUGCCCUUAUUUUUGGUAUUCAAAUGGAAGCCAAAUACAGCUACUCUUCUGCUUUCAAGUUUUAUGCAUUUGCAACUGCAAUAGCAAGUGUGAGUUGUGUUUUAUCAUUGGGUUUCAUCUUCUUUCUCAACUGCAGAACUGCUCCUUCAAACUAUAAUUGGUUCAUUUUCAUGCAUGAUCUGGUGAUAAUGUGUGUGUUGGUGUCCGGAUGUGCGGCAGCAACAUCAAUAGGAUAUGUGGGACAAUAUGGAAACGAACAUGCUGGGUGGAUGCCAAUUUGUGAUCAUUUUCAUGCCUUUUGCCACAAAAUUACUACUGCUGUUGCACUUGGUUACAUCUCUUGCAUCUUCUUCUUCUUCCUCACCAUCAUCUCCACCACCACCGUUGCUCCGACUUUACACCUUUGAUUACAAAUAUUAUUAUUAUUAUUACUGAUCGUAAUCUAAAACGACUAAUAUUGUAUUCACGGUACAAGUAUUAUCGUCUAUUUCAUCAAUAUCAACUUCCCCGAUUCCUUGUGUUGUUGCUUUUUUAGUAUGUUUUUGUGACUUCCUUUCUUUUGUUCGGGUAAGAUUGGAGAAUUCUGAUGAUUUUUACUCAAAUCACAAUUCGAGAACAAUAGACUGUUUCAGCUGCAUAGUAAUUUUGAUUGUUUAUAUACUCCUAUGUUAUAGUAGUGCUUACUAUUAUUCUAGCAACUAAAAUCUAUAUUUGAUUCCAAAAUAUUCAUCGGAUUUACAUCUGGGUAGGCAUGGGUAUAGAAACUUUACAAUAUGGUCUAUGGGCAGUGGGUAUGUUGGUAGUUUAGGAGAUUUUAGGAGGGUAUGGCCGUUAAGGGUUAAGGAAGGAGGUACCCGCUCCAAUCUGCCCAUUUUAUCAUCCCUAGAACGUCCGAUCAAGCACAAGACAUGACAACACAAAGAAAGGUACUGUUAUUGAUGAUGAAAUACUGCUACUGAUUGCUAUUAUUAGUUACAUACACCCUCUAUUUCUCUGUGUCCCAUUUGGUUUUUAUCACUGUCCGUCAAACCUUAAGACGCUAGAGCAUAGCAACGGAAAAACUCAAAGCUCGUCAAAUGAAACUCAACUGUAAAAAAUGACCCAACUCCAACCCAAUUUGCCUAACAAAUUUCGGCUUCAUUUUCUACACCAUCACAAAAGCAUACCAACAUCAUUCUUAAAAAAGCAUCAAAUUAUAUUUGUAGAGGAUGAUUCAUAAUAGACAUUAUCAGUCACUACUCAGUAACAUAUCCAUUGCCAAAGCUCCAACACUCUAGGGUAGCAAUUUAUCAAAAAUGAAAACUUAUCUCUUAAAACCUGGCUAAUAUAACAACAAUGAAUAGAUAAUGAGUUACUCUUUUCUAAUUGGAGGACAUAUCAAACACACUCUUUGCCCUAACUAAAUAGAAUUCAACUGAACUCAACUUGAACUGGAACUUGAUGAGUAAUGAAUGAGUGAAAAUAAUGGGGAAUACCGAACAUAACUUACUAGAUACUAAAUUGUAAG